UAACGGUCAAAUUAAGCCAUCGAGCGCCUCAGUCAGUUAUGAAAUGUCGUCGCAGCAAUUUAAUACGUCAACCAGUGCGUUCUCCGUUCGCUCCACCUACAGCAGAUGUGAGAUUCGUUCAGUCAUUCGGUUCCUCACUUCAGUCUCAUUCUCUUCAGUCUCAGUAUGACAGUCUCUCUAGUGGCGCCAUACCCAUUCUCCAUCCUCCAAAAAAUUCAAAGUUCAAUCUUCAGAGAGGAAAAUCAUGGCGUCCGUGUUUUGGGACUGGAAAGGGCUCUUGUUGGUCGAUUUCAUGCCCAAAGGGACCACCAUCAAUGCAGCUGCAUAUUGACAACGCCAGAUCCCAUACCGCCCGGCUCACUCAAGACCUGUUCGUAUCGUUUGGAUGGAACAUUGUCACUCAUCCACCCUACUCCCCUGACCUGGCACCCUCGGAUUAUCAUCUUUUCAAUAAAUUGAAGGAGUUCUUGGAUGGACAGCGCUUUUCGAACGAUGAGGAGGUCAUGCAGACUGUGACAAAGUGGCUUCAGGAAGUGAAGCGAACGGUAUACGACGAGGGUAUACAAAAGCUGAUGCCCAGGCUUCAAAAGUGCAUUGAUCUCAACGGCGAUUAUAUGGGGAAAUAAUAACAUAUUUUGGCACAUACCAUGUAAAUUUCAAUAAAAUAUAUUCAUUUUUCGAUUUUAAACAAUUGUAUUCUUACUUUCUGGAUGUACCUCGUAUUUGCAUAGUGAGUAUAUAGAGU